AUGUGCGACGAUGAGAAGAACGGUUGCAAGCAGAGCAAGCAGGGCAAGCAGAGCAAGCAGAGUGCGGAUGCAUCCUCUGCACGGGCCUGGACUUGCAAGAAAGAAAUUGCAGAGAUCUACAGCCCGGUAGUCGACGACCAGCAGUUCGAAUUGAUCGAAGAGGGGGUCUCUUUGGACCCGCAUGAUCAAGACAAUAGCUACAUGUACACAUCCUUUCGAUCAAAGGACGGGGGCCGUCUUACCCGUGAGAUCGUGGACAGAGAUUUCGUUCUUGUUGGAGAUGACAAGUGUGGCUUGUCCGCAGUCCUCAAUGUACCAGUGCCUCCGGGAGCAACCUUGUCAGUACAAAUGACCACGUGGUGCAACCCCUGCCACAGCGGAUUCGGCGUGACGAAAUCGGGAUGCUUUGGGGUUGGAAUGGUCCCGUACGGAUGCGCCGAGGUGCAAGAGUGGCCUUGUGAUGACUUCCAGACCUGCAUUGAAGAUGGCGUACAGUACUACUGUGAACUCGCUUGGAGCACGAUGCUUUCUGGCAUAGGCGGGGCACGGCUGGAAGGCAUGCUUGCUAGCGGUUCGGUUAACUCUAUGAUUCAGCAUACUCUCGAUGUUGUGCAAGGCGGAACCAGCAUUCACCAUUCCAAGCAAACGCAGCUGAGCUUGGAGAUGAUCCACAUAAGACUCCGUCGUGAUGCAUCCGGGGAGAGCGAGCUUAGUUUCGCGCAUGGGACAGAUGUGUUCAAGGUCAAGCGCCCAGGAAAAGAUGCACAUAGACAUAUGCAGCUUUACUUCAAUUGCCUUGGUUGGGCAGACAACAAGACUUACAUUCAGAUACACAAGGUCGCCUAUGAUCCGCCGCUUUGUGACCGGAAAGCCUCCGAAAGCGACAAAGACUCGAAGAAGCGAGCUAGUGAGGAGGACCUUCCCGAUUAUGCCAAGAUUUUGAAGGCCGACCCCGAGCUACGCAAGCAAGUUGAUGAGUUGAUCAAGUCAAAGCAGCAGUAG